UACUUGACAUAUCAGCAGCAUGUGGGUGCAGGCAUGUGCCAUUGUGUGAGUUUACUUUGAUGAAUGACUCCUUUCCAAAGGUGACGCCAGUUGUUCUUCAGGCCUUUUCUGACUCAUCAGUCCGUCGCCAUAAAGCAGCCGGGGACGGAAAAGACGGCGUUGCGUGAAGUCGCUUUUUUUUUUUUUUUUUUUAUGUUUUUGUCAUUUUAAGAGUUUUAAAUUGACUUGCAAUUAGUUUAAAAAUCCCUUGAGGCAUUCACUCUUCUCCAUUCUGUUUUUAAUAAGUGAGCUACAAAUUAAGGUUUCAAGAAGCCAUCUAUUCAGUUUUUACUUUGUCGCUUUGUGUCUUGAUAAAAGGCCAGACUGAACGUUUUUAUCUUAUUAAUUAACUUGCUGCUAUAUAUAUAUAUGUUUUUUUUUUUGUUUUGUUUUUUCAAAACACUAACGUUGAUUUAAUUGGUGUCAUGGCCACUGUUUCUUCAGUUUGUUGGUAGGUACCAGAUCUAAACGCCUGUGUGAGGAAGCCAGUUGUGUUCAGCGUUUUUUUUGUUGUUUUUUUUCUUAUAGCAUUGAAGGUUAAAUUAAGUUGCAGUUCAGUGUUAGAAGCUUUUGCCAAGUUUUCCCUUCAUUUACUUGACGGUUUAUUUUCUGCACUUUCAUUAGGAAGUGUUUUAUAAUAGAGAUGCAGCGAUCUGAAUUUUGAGGCUGAUCUCUGGAUUUUGUGGAGUUUGUCAUCAAAUUUGACUAGAAAAAAAAAGACAAAAGUGAUUUGAAAUAUUUUCUCUAUCCUUCUAAUAUAAUUGGUUGCAUAAGGUGGAGAGGUGACGUCACACUGUGUGACAGAGCAGAUGCUGUAAACACGCUUUAAAAUGUCUUUUGUCAUUUUAUUAGCGAUUAUCACUGUUAGCAUGCUAGCAGUGCUAAAGCUGCAGUCUGCAGUGUUUAUUUGCAUAUGUAUGUAGAUUCUUCGAAGCUCUGAGAUUUCUAAAACUCUACAUUUGAUGUCCAUUGAUUGCGACUGAAGGCUCAAAUGGAUAACAGCUUGUUUUAGCCUUGAAGUUUUUUGCUUUAAGUCUUGCUCUCUCUCCUGCAGCCCUAAUUAGCUAGCUAGUAGCUUCUUACAACUUUCUACUUCCCAGCUUUACUCUGUACUGAAAAUGUCUAGCUUUCUGUUAAAAAAACCCCUUUUCUAAUUGGCUGGUGACUUUGUGGGGACCGUCAAGCUGAAAAUUCACGUUGCACCUCUAUUUUAAAUGAACCUCUAGAGAGCAGAUUGAUGCGAUCACUUCUUCUCAUCUCUUUACUGUGGAACGCGUUUCUUUGCACAUACCAGCUUUUUCUCUUCCUCCAAACUCCGAGCAGCAGAGAGAAACUGCCUGACGUCCUGUAAAGUCUUUUCCUCUGAAAUCUAAAGUUUUUUGGUUUUUUUGACAUUUUCAUCUCUUCUACCUUUAAGAAAGGAAAUUAAAAAAUAGGCUUUUUCAGCUUGUUAAAGCCAUAUCUUUUAUCACGUUUGUAAAUUUGGUACUUCAGUACGCCACUUUUCUACUGACUUUCUAGAUCCAUUUCAUACCAGCCCAUAGUUUUUUAUUGAAAAGCGUUUCUGCAUGCGGUUUAGGCCAGGUUUGAUGUAAGUUUAAUGGGGUUUUGUGCAGCUUUGAUGAGCUUUUGUCACAGACGUCACCCCCCUUUACCUGCAGGAGUGCGUGGAGACGAGCAGGUUCUCCGCUGAAUGUUUCUCUUUACAUGUAAAGUUGACCCACUGCCAUCCAUCGCCUCACUCCUCGGUGGCCUCGUCAGGUUCCUCCUUUUAAACUCAAGAUUGUGUUUUUGUUGUUUUUUAGCAUCUGGAUCCGAUUUUAGACACGAUUGUAAAGAGUCUCGGUGGAUUCGCCGUAGUUUCUCGAGCGAUUCCAGUCACUGACGUUGUUUCUCUUUGAUGCGUUCAUGGACUCCAAAGACAGUCGCCUGAAACCCUCAGUAAUCUUCCAUCCAGACUUUAACCUCGUUUCUUUUUUUUAGAAAGUGCCAACUUUGGUUUUGAGGUUUGACAUAAACAAUGCAUGUGUGAUUUUUUUUUUUGUUUUUUUCUUUUGUUAUAAUUCGAGUUACCUUCAUGAACUUUGUAUACACUCCCUGAGUCGUUUCCCACUCUUUUUUCAUAACUUUUUCAUUUAAGCACAUUAUGAAUAUAGAAGGAGACGAUGAGCGAAUUUGUCCUUCCAGGGACUUUAAUGUCUUCCCGAUCUGUAAACACACCUUGUAUUCAGCACAGCGUGUGUCGAAUAAUAAACCACAAAAUAAAGCAAAACAACAACAAAUGUGAAGAAACAAGAUAUGCCGAAUUCAAUCAAAGCUUCUUUGUCCUUGAAGUUUAUUAUUCAGCUUCACAAUCGUUGCCUCUCAUUCGAAGCACUCCCAGCGACCACAAUGGUGAUUGUGAAAGUGUGUAAAAAUAGAAAAGACCAAUAAAGGAGAUUGUCACUGGCAGCUGGGGGCGGAUCUGUCACCAAUCAGGCUGAACUUUUCAAUCAUUGUCUGCAGAUUCUUUAAUUUAUGUUGACUUUUUUUCUCGUCAAAUUUAGACAUCAAAUAUUAGGAAAACAAAAAACUUUAUGUUCAUUUUAUUGUCCUUUUUCUCUUUUAACUGACAAAAAUAGUGAUGAUUGGUGAACCUACAGCUGGCAGUCAGCACAUUAUGCAUAUUUUAUACACUACAGUUGAUCUGACAUUCAUCGAAAUUUCAUUUACUUUUGGACUUUUGUCAAAAUUCAGAACGUUUUGCAUCUCUGCAAACACAAAGGUUUGUUUUCUAGCUCCACUUUCCUUUAGACUGCUCUUUUCUCAUGGAUGAAAAAUGUAACUGAAGCACAUUUGUUUUAUGGUGUGUUGCUAUGAUACAGUGUUUUGUUUUUUCCCCAUAAUUGGAUGUUUAAGCUUUUUCUGUAUCUUUUUUAUUUUCUUUCUCCAACUUUUCAUCUCCUGUGCAAUCUAUGCAACACACACUCUGGUAUCCCUGCUCUGGAGCUGAAUGAAGAUGUGGAACAAUUUUAACUUGUAAAUACUGUUUAAAAAAAAAAAAGAGAUCAAUCAGAUCGGUCGGUCCAAGUGAGAUGUGUGGAAUAACCGGCAGAAUGGAAACGGUUUCCAAAUGAUGUAACGAUGAAUGUUGUCGUAAAUAUUUUUUUAUAUUUUGAAAUUGCUAGGAGGAAAAAAAAAACAGUGGGAAAGCUGUCAGAAGAACACUACAAAGGGAAGUUUUUAUUAAUUUAUAAAUUCAUUGCUUAGCAAUAUCACAUUUGUCUUGGUGUCAUUUUUUUUGUUGCCUUUUGAAAUAAAUUAUUCUUUAAUGCAAACAUGUAUAUCUUACAUUAAUCAUCACGGGUUUAUUAUUAUUUUUGCCACGACUUGCAGCAGAAUGAGAGUCGGUCAGAUCUGACCAAUCACAGCAGACCGGACCUGGAGGUUCUGGAAACGGGUUCAGACCGUCCAGCUUCUGCUUUUACAGGAACUCAUGAAUAUGUGGGAGCUAUUUAGGACUUUAAAUACGUAAUGUUAAGCUGAGAGCCUUUGCCACGUUUAUGCACAGAAUUGGAUUUUAACAAAAAAAUAAAAAUGGACCUCUUGAGGAACUGACCUGCUUUCAAAAACAGAACCACAUUUGACCCAUUGUACAAGUUCUGUGUCCGAUUUACAGCAACCUCCUUUAGACAGAGGUUGUUAAAGGCAUUUCGGGAGAAAUUCAUAUCCAGAAAUGUUGUUUCUUACUAUGAAUUUCUUGCAAUCUUUUAAAGUGGUUGUAGUUUGAGUCAUUCUGACCAAUAAAACUCAAAAAGCACAAAAAUUGUGACUCUGGGUCACUUUCCCAACCACUAAUCCACGCCUCAUUUUAUCUCAAUCUGUUUCCGUUUCAUGUCCAUGUGCUGAACUACUGUGUCAGAUUUAAUGUCUUGGUAGUUAAGUUAAAUGUUUGAUUAAUUAAGGUGGUAAAUAAACACAACGCUGCCCAAAUCUCACAGAAAUUACAGUAAAUUUCUUUGUACUUUUUCCCAGGAUUUUGUAGCAAUGGAACAAUGUUUCCAUUUGUUCUAGUACAGAUGGUUUUUUUUUUGUUUAUUUCACUUGAUUCUUAUGAAAAAUUAUCAUAUGCUGGCAGAUUAAGCCUAAAAUAAGUAGGAACCAGUUUCCCUCUCUGGAGUUUUAUUCACUGGAGUAAUGUAGCUGCAUUUCCUCACAGUAGAGUUUGUACAUGUUAUCAAAAAUCGCUUUAAAUCAUCAGCAGUCGAAGCAUGUAGGAAAGUUCUCAAAGUGGAUAGAGUUUCAGAAUAAAACGACCAAAAGAAGAGCUAACUGUUGUUUUCAUAUAAUACUGUGAAAAAUGAUCUAUUUUAAUUGGAUCUUUAAAUGCUAUUAAUGGAUACCUGCUGCAAAUGCCAAACAAUAGUUUGUUCCUUUUUUAUUUUUAUUUUUUACCUGAAAUCGAUUCAAAAUUGAUACACAUUUUUGUUUCCAUUUCCUAAACAUAAGAUAUUUAGAACCUGGUCACAGGCUGAUGCCUCUUUUUGUCCUCCACUUUUCCAUCUUUUUGUUUCCUUUUCUCGGUCACAAGCCGUAUCAUGUUUCGUCUUGGUCAGGCUGGGAUAAUAAAACCCAAGACGCUCAGAAAGCCACUUUAAAAUGUUUGUCUUUCUGAAAGGAAUGAGGAGAAGUUAAAACUUCUGCACAGAACUAUUUUGCUGGUUUUAGCUGCUAGCUUGACUAUAAACACUUGCACCACCAUACAAUGGAAAUCAUUAUGACCAGAGUCACACCUGCAUAUUCAGUCCAUGCAGAAGGAACGAUCCCAGACUCAUAAAACGUUUACCAAGACUACUUCAUAAACACCUCAACGUUGGUGCUAAUGUCAUUUGCUAAUGUUAAUCUUUACGCCUAUAUCUAGGGGAGGGGGAAGGAAAGAGGGAAACUGAUCCACUAUUUCACGCCAGCGACACCCAGACGGCUGCUUGCAUUAGGUUGGCAUUAAUCACUCUAAAUGCGCAGCUAAAACACUUUAGACGGAGUAAAUUGCAAAGUACACAGCUCUGAUGGCAAGACAAAUGUCAAGAGUGAAUGCACAUGUUUCAGAGUUUGCACACAGAGGAAACUGGAGUCAGUUUGGCAGUAUCCUAGCAACAGCCAACAAGAAGUAAAAACUGCACAGAGGGGCAGGGGGGGGGAGGUUGGUGGUAAAAGUGAAGUGGGUGAGCGAUGUGGUGAAGAAGAGCGGAGGAUCACCGCAGCACCGUGACGACAGAUAUCGAGAACAAAGUCUACCAUCCUUUCAAGAUGUUUGUGGGAACCCCUCUCGAUAGCAGUUCAACCUCUUCCGUCCAAGCCAACGGUCCAGACCCCAACAGUCCAGAUUCUGAGUCAGAUGGUCCUUCGUCUUCUUCUCCACAUCAUUCGCUUCCCUGCUGGGCGAUCCAGGCUCAGAGCGACCUCGCCCAGGCCAGGGAGGAGUUACGUCAAAUACAGCUCCGUCAUGCAACUGAGAUUGAGACGGUUAAGCGGGGCGUAGAACGGGCGAUCCUCGGAGCACGUAGAGAAGAGAAGCGUCUGCUGGAGAGGGUGGAGCAGGACCAUCGGGACGCUCAGCAGCGUUUGGAACAGGUUGAGAGGGAGAACAUGGCGGCCGCCAGGGUGAGUCAGUCUCUGAUGGAGCAAAGGUUUGAGAAGUUGGUUCAGUUUCAACAACAACUCCAGACAGUGGAUCACUCUGUUCUAUCUGAGAAGGGACCAAACAAAAACCUCUUACUAGAGGAGAUUUCAGAGUUCCUGCAGCCCUGGGAAAUCUCCGUUUCUCUUACAAAAGUAAACUUCAAACCAAGCUCCCAGCCUAAUGCGGUAACUUUCGGAGACAUUCGAGUGGAAGAGCAAUGUCUGUGUCUGAAAGUUGGAGGCUGUGGGCCAAAUGGAAAGCUGUGUGCCUUGCAUUCACAGGAGAUGCAUUGCGAAGACCUAAACCAACAAAGUUCUAAAAGGACAAAAAGCACGCAAGGACAGGGUUGGACAUCACCGACAGGCAGGACGGUCAAAAGGAUCAACCUCUUAAACCAUGGUGACGUAGAGUCAGAGGAAGAGCAGAAGCUUUCUUCUGCAAAGAUAAACCACUGGCUGCCAAAAUGUGAACAGUUUGAUUGGGAAGCAUCCCAAGUUGAUGAGAUGGAUAAAAGUUGCUUUGAGCAACAAGGGGAGAAUGUAUAUUUGGCUGUGCCUUCUGCUAAAAAUAAGGAUAUCAAAGCAAAGGACAUGGUAUGCACGAUGAGCAAUGCUGGAAAAUAUUACUCACCCUCUAAUCAGAGAAAGAUGCUUUCUGUGGCCACUAGUAGAAAAGCAUCUCCUUCCCCUGAGCGAAGACAGGAAUCUGCCAAGAUGAAUCGUUGCUUGAGUCUAGACAGCAAUGGGGUAGACAAAGGAAAAGGAAGACUUGAUUCGAAUAACAGACCUUCGCAUUAUGCUAGUAGUACAUCAACAUCUCCUAGGAUGGCUCCAAGAGAUCAUUUGGUGAGUCAAAGCUGCCUAGACAUUACCUCCAAAGUGAGAUCACACUCUCGUCUUAGCCAGUCUUCUGAUGAACACUCUCUGGGGACGUUAGGUGACUCUGGACGUGCGCCAUCUCCAGCAGACAGCCUUGACUCCACCUAUACCUUUAUCGUUAGCCCGUCACACGACUUCAGUUUGAACAAAGGCUCUUUGAAUCACAGUUUUCACCUGUCCAAGUCGGCAGUGGAUUUAACACACAAGACAAGGCCGUUGAUUAGUAGCGGCGCAAAUAAGCAAGAAUUAUGCAAAGAUAGAAGUGGCAACUUCAGCUCCGUGUUGAGCUCCACCUCGGCCUCACCACCUCUAAGUAGAGGAUUUGAUAGAGGUCAGAUCCUCUCAUACCCUAAUCAUGUUGGUCAUGGCAUCUUGCCACAGUCUAAGAAAUCCACAACUGGGUUAAGACAAGUCCCUGUGGCCAGGUCUUUGUCGAUGUCAGUCAUAGAUGGUUCCUCUCAAGAACACAAGAGAGGCAGAGAGGAAAGAGGAGAACCAGCCCUGGUAGAGUUGGAAGAAGAGGUCGAUCCGUUGCUUAUGGAGUUCACCGCAAGUGGUGUUCAUCUCAUGGGGCAGUUUGGGAGGCAAGGUUCAGGCCGGGCUGAUCUUACCCUGCCAAGUGGUAUCCAUGCCACACCACAGGGGCAGCUCUUUAUAGUUGACUGCGGAAAUGCACGUGUCCAGGUGACUGACCCUCAGGGGAAUGUUUUUCAGCAAGUAAGUUCCCCAAACAUCAGUGGCUCCUCCAGAAGAUGCCGUAACUACUUUGACAUUGCUGUCAAUGCCAAGGGUUUAAUCGCCUUAAGCUGUGCUGCGGAAAGAGCUUUGCUUGUGUUCAGCCGACACGGUCGCCUGCUUCAGACCUUUGGAGGAUCUACUUUGGGCUCUGCAAAGGAUGAGCUAGAAGCUCCCCGAGGGGUGGCUGUAACCAGACUAGAUGAAUUCUUGGUAGCUGAUAUCAGAAAAGGCACCCUCAUCGCCCUGAAGCUUGACCCUAAAACGGGUUCCAGGCUCGAACGCACAGUGGUGACCGGAUUCCACAGGCCUUACUUGGUGGCAACCUGCCUGAGCUCGGGCAUGGUAGCAGUGUCCGAAAGGGGCAAUGAAACGGGACGAGUGCCUUGCAUCAAAGUUCUGGAGCCAAGCUGGAACACAGUGAGAGUUCUUGGUGUAUGUGCUGGCAUGGGACCAGUCCUCACAUGUCCCUGGGGUAUAUGCAUCGAUAAAGACGGCAAUAUCUUAGUCGCAGACUGGGGAGAGCAGCACAGAAUUGUGUUGUACCCUGCUCAAGGCGUUGGCUGGCCCAUCGUACGCCAGGGAUUGAGCAGCCCACGUGGCCUGACCUUAUUACCAGAUGGGCAACUAGCCGUGUCCGACAGCAUGCACCAUUGCAUUAAGAUUUACAGUUAUAAAGGGUGACAUGGCUAGAUUGACCUUAUUGACAUUUAAGGAAAGGAUUUAACAAACUGGUGAGUUAAACACUGGUGUCUAGAACGUGUAUUAAAAUGAUAAAAACAGUCUAGUUCAUCUUACCGCUGACAUGCUAAUAGUGAGUUAGCACUGUAAGGAUGAUGCAUCGUAUCAGUUUGACGAUGAUACAAUAUAAUUUUGAGUUUCCAAGGGUAUCCUUUAAAAAAGAAGCAAUAUAAACCUGUAAAGAUUCAAAACAGUGCCUAGCAAGUGUUAAGGUAAUCUACCGUUAGUGGUAGUUUGUUUUUAUUUUGUUGUUUGCUGUGUAGCUUUUACAUUACAGAGGGGUUACAUUGUUUGUAGUAUUUUAUUAUGUUAUAAUAACUUUAAAGAACUGAAAUCUGGUGAAGUAGGAAAUCAAACUUAAUGAAUCAACACUUAAAUUGGUCAGAUAUUGACAAUAUCAAGACUUUGUUCCACUUUUUAUUUUGGUUUUCAAAUGUUUGAGUGAAAAGGUGUUUGUAGAAAAACUAGUCAUUUUUGUAUUUAGGAUUUGACAUCUUGUCACAUUUGCUUUCAUUUCAGUCUAAUAUUUUCACUAACAUUGUGUGUAAUAAUUAUCCCGCGUUACAGCUGAGACACUAUUUUUAAAUACAAUCUUAAGUGCUAAACAAAGACUGAAGGUACAGGUCAGAGUAAAUUUUAUAAAGUCUUUGUGCGCUGCUCAUCCUUACAAAUAUGAGAACAUUUAAGUUGGGCUUUACAACAGUAUAGCAGUUUUUGUAUCGCUACAAUGCAAAAAAAUAAAAAAUAAAAAAAAUCAACCAAUUAACAUAUUGCCUUACUCUUUGUGCUGGGUUUAUAUAUUACAUUUAGUGUAUUGUGUGCAUUUUGGUUGAUUUCUAAGCUCAAAGGAAAUGUUUAACUGCUGUUGAGUAUUUGAUGGCAGCAAAAACAAAUAAAAAAGCAAAAUGUCUCUUUGGAGUCAGUCAUUAUUAUCAUGAUUUAAGUCAGCGUGUUAAAAAUCACAAACCAUUUUACAACACUACAACCCAACGUAGACGUGUGUGCAGUUUGAAAGUCUGUCAACUGGACUCAAACAUAUUGUGACGUUACAGAUAUGACCUUUUUAUUUUAAUGCACUGAUAUGUUUUUGGUUUUAUUUGUGUAUUUCCUUUUCUGU